AUGGCGGGCCUCGGCCGCUCCGCCAGCAGCGGCGCCCUGGUCAAUGCGGGCGCUGCGCAGAUGACGCACGUGCCAAAACGGGCGACGCAGCACGCUCUUUUCUUGGCCUCCUGGGAGGUGGCGCCGCCAUGCCUAAAGCCCGGGCAAGCCACCGCGGGGAGCCGCGCAGUCUACUCCGAGGAGGCACCAGACCCGAAGACGACCUACGUGGCGGAGCGUUUGCCGCCCAAGUCGAUGUACGGAGAGACGGUCUCGGAGCUGACCGUGAUUGAGGACUACAAGAAUCCCACACAGCCCAUCCGGCAGAAAGAACCGUCAGCGAGCUCCGUGGGACAUCGAGGCGCAGCGCAUUGGUCCUCGACCUAUAAGACCUCACACGAUGACAAUGCAAUCGUUGGGUCCGCAUAUCAUAGGCAGACAGGUCCCUCCUACCAAGCAGCGAAUCCUCCCACCUGCAUCGGUGGAGCAGGAUCGAUGAGUGCUAUGAGCGAGGAUUUUGGGGUGUACGGAUCAGAUCCACGUGACAAGGUGGACCCCUUGCUGGACCGGAUCCCCAUUCGCAAGACCGCUUUGACCAAAGGCACACCCAAGGGCACUCUGCACAUUCCAGGCUAUAACGGCUUUUUGCCCACCAACACCCGGAACCCUUACUGCGCGCGGGUGGAGAGUGGUGCCACCGCCCGCACCAAUGACAAGUCCCACAUCACGGAUCAGUAUCACAUCAACACCUUGCACUACGCGGGACACGUGCCGCUGAGCGUGACCAACGACGUGGGUCCCAUGAAUCCAGGCAACCGCUCGACGAUGAGCCGCAGCUUCCGAGCACCGAACUUGAGCGCCUUCGACUGA